AUGUCUAGAGUGACAAAUCCAGAUAAUUUCAUAGACCCCGAAUCCACCAGAUCGUCUUUAUCCAUCGACUCCAACGGCUCUAACGGCUCAAAUAUUUUCUCUAAUCAAGGAGAGUAUGAUCUCUCAGUCAACAACUUGAAUCGUGUUCUUUCGUAUCUCAGCGACAUGGAUAAUCACACACUAAGCGAUAAGGACACUAUAGCCACCACUUCGACGGCCACGGGCGCCCCAAACAACAACAGCAACACUGCAUCUUCUAGAACGGGCUUUGUUAAUCCGUUUGAGAUUAACUCCUCGUUAUGGAGUGCGGCGCCUCAACAGCAGCAGCAGCAGCCACAAGGACCACAGGACUUGCUUUCGCCUUCUUCACAAGCACCAGAUUUCCCGAGGGAUCAGCUUCUUUCGCCGCUCUCGCCAUACGCAAACCUGUUUAACCCCUCUUCCGGAACAUCGCUAACGGGUCCUCCUCCGCCAGCUGCUUCGGACUUUGGCUCGCGCAGAGCGUCGUACGUGGGCGAGUUCACAACACAUAGCAGACCUUCGACAGGAAGCAUUUGGAACACAAGAGACGAUAACAGAAGCUCGCUUGGAUCGGCCGGGAGCCCCCUUCUUAAUAACCCGAGCCUAAACUCUCCUCCGCAAUUACCAUCGGUUUGGCAGUCUCCCCCACCGUCGGAGUUUGCCGCGUUACGAAGAUACUCUUACGAUACAGCUCUGGGAGCAGCACACAAUGGUCUUUCUGGUGGCUCGCAGCCGUUACUGCCAGGCUUUCAACAGCACAAACGGUUCCCAUCGUCCUCGUUUGCUACCACAACAAACAUGGACUUUGGUAAGUCGUUUGAACAAAACACAACAGCACAGACACAGCCACAGCAGCCACAGGUUUCACAGGGUCCACAAGUAUCGAAUGCUCUCAACUUCCAGGACCAGUACUCACAGGCAUAUAAGGAGGCAGACUUGUACUUCACGUCACCGUCUGCGGAGUCUCUCAAUCUGUCCAAAGUUUUAGAAAGUCUUAAUACGCAGCAGUUGCCAAAGUUCCCUGGAGGAGGAUUACCUGGAGUGAAGUUGAUUCUUGUUUGUUUCAAGAACGGGAGACUGGACGUGUUCUACCUGCCACCGGAAAACCAGAGACUGACGCAGACCAUGAAGAUUGGCGAGCUGGUGAUUGUGGAGGCGGACAGAGGACGGGAUCUGGGUAAGGUUGUGAAACUGGAUGUGUCUAUUGACGAGGCACGUUUGCUGAAACUGAAGCAAUUUCAAGAACAACAAGCAGCAUUGAACCAGGAGGUUCAUGAAAAGCAUCCUGUGUUGCAUUUUCCGAAGCCGGUUGUACGGUUUGCGUACCCGAACGAGGUUGCGCAGCUUUUACUGAAGAAGAGCGACGAGGAGAAGUCGCGCAACGUUUGUCAGCUCAAGGUGAAGUCGCACGGGCUGGUGAUGCAGAUCACUGACUCGGAGUACCAAUGGGACCGGCGCAAGCUGACGUUCUACUACAACUCGAAUGCGCGGAUCGAUUUCCGCGAUUUGGUGAAGGAGCUCUUCAGAAUAUACAAGACACGGAUAUGGAUGUGCAAGCAGCAGAAAAGAGAAGUUUGA